CGAGGAGAAACGGUAACUUCCGCAAACUUGAAGGGUCUCCCAAACACAAACAGAAGCAGGAAAACAUUCCGGCUUCAGUCAGGCUGUUGACAUGGCUCGCUGGGUUUUCCUUCUUUCGGUCGCUUUUUUCUCCGCUACAUCGGCACAGUUUGUGCCACCGUACACAGAGGACUGUCGGACUGACAUGUAUCCUCCGAAUGGUCCAACGUUCAAAGGACCUGUCAAAUGGUACACCAUUGAUCUGGACCUGCCGCCCAGCAAGAGGUGGACGGCUGUGAUCUCUGACAAAAAAAAUGACCUGGUUGAUAUGAUCCAGGCCAUCAGAGACUUGGCUGAUGCUUUUGUGCCCAGCGGGAGGCUGAUAGAGCUGGUUGACAUCACACUGCCUUUAAUGGUGGACACACUCCCAAACCCGUUCAGGGAAGAAAUCAAGGGAAUAACUGCUGCCUCAGGGGUUCCUCUUGGUGAAGUAGUUUUGUUUAACAUUUUCUAUGAGGUUUUCACUGUGUGCACUUCUGUUGUUGCACAAGACGAAAAAGGGAAGCUCCUCCAUGGCAGAAAUUUGGAUUUUGGAUUAUUUUUAGGCUGGGAUGUGAAAAACAAGUCAUGGGCCAUCAGUGAGAAGCUGAAGCCUCUGGUGGUCAAUCUGAACUUCAAGAGAAACAACCAGACAGUCUUCAAGUCAACAAACUUUGCUGGCUAUGUUGGCAUGCUCACCGGCAUCAAGCCUCACAUUUUCACUCUGACGAUGAAUGAGCGCUUCAGCCUCGAUGGUGGAUACAUCGGAAUCCUGGAGUGGAUCUUGGGACAAAGAGAUGGAAUGUGGAUGAGCUUUCUAACUCGAUCAGUCCUGGAGAAUGCAAACAGCUAUGAUGAAGCCAAGAGUCUGUUGGCUCAGACCAAGAUGCUUGCUCCAGCCUACUUCAUCCUUGGAGGAAACCAAACGGGACAAGGCUGCAUCAUCACCAGGUCCAGGGAACUCAGCAUUGACGUGUUGGAUAUUGAUGUGAAACUGGGCCGGUGGUACGUGUUGGAGACAAACUACGACCACUGGAAGGAGCCUUUCUUUCUGGAUGACCGCAGGACUCCUGCCAUGAAGUGUCUGAACCAGACAACACAGGCUAACAUCUCUGUGAAAACCUUGUAUGACGUGCUUUCAACAAAGCCAGUGUUAAACAAGCUGACCACCUACACAACACUGAUGCAAGUCUCUGAGGGCACACUGGAGUCGUACAUCCGGGACUGUCCAAACCCAUGCAUGCCCUGGUAAUCCUCCAAGCACCAACCGUGGGAGAGUUUGAGAUGCUGCACAGAAGACUCGACUCAAAGCUUUGCACAGCAACUGUAGACCUGAACCAUUCCAUGUAACAUUAAAGUCGUUUGGACUUUGAUUUCUGCUGACUAUGGUGACAUGUUAAGUUCAGAGGGCACUUUUUCAGCUUUAUGAGAGAAACUAAACCUCUAAUUUUGUAUCGUCUUCUUUAAUUCUUUGUACUACUGUGAGAAUCCAGCUUUACACCCAAAUGUGUUUUUAUCAACGAUGUCUGACCAAUGAACCUCAGUGAUGACCACUUUAUUUUUCAAAUGUUUAACAAAUUAUUUCCCAGAUUUUAUGCUGUGUUUUGUAACAGGAUUUUUAUGUUUAAAAUAAGAUUUAAUCUACCAAGUAA